AUGUCUAUACGUACCAUCCCGACCUACCACCCAGCGCCAAACUUCUCGAUACCGCCGCCCGAUGCAAACGGGCCUUUGCGACUCGGCACGCUUCUUGUCGACUUACACGACCCUACCCCGCUGAACCCCGCCGAUCGGGUCCAGAUACCAGACGAGGACAUCUUUCGAAGCCAUCUUGUUGGCUUUCGAACGAGAAAGCGACAACAUGGCAAUGGAGAGAUGGGCAUCUUCGCAAGGCUGCUGGGCUUGGAGGGCGUCGGCAGUAUGCUGAGCGUCAAUGGCACCCGAGCCAAAGACGAGGUGCUAUCUGUGGCCCGCCUGGACACCGAGUUCUUCAUGCCGUCCCUGGAGUAUGUCAAGCUCGCAGUUGAGGCCCCUUCAGUACGCGCCUUUUGCAGAGCCACUCGCGGCCGACUGCCGAUGUUCUUGAUUACUGGAAUCAAGGUCGCGCGUGGUGCAUCAGCGUCGGUGGUGCGUACACGGACCGUGGGCGGAGGUGUAAAGGGGUCCCCAGGCACUACAACUGGCCAGGUCGAGCUUGGAGUCAGUGUUCAAGGUGCGAUGCUUAAAGAGGACGAUAUGAGUUUCGAGGAUGCGUCGGACUUUGUGCUGGCUUAUCGCGUCGCACGGGUAAGGAUGAAGAAUGAUGGGGUGCAAGCGCAAGCGUAUACUCGCGGUGCUACCAUGCUUGCAGAUGAUGCGCAGGAUGUCAUCGAUUGGGACAGUGGAGAUCUGGAGGUCAUUUAUGACUUUUCCACAGAGUUUAAGGAGGCAGACAACGUGUUACUUGACGAGACAGGCAUAGCAGAUCCCGAACCAUUUAUAAACAUAGAGAAAGCUGUCUAA